AUGGGAAACUGCUUGAAAAGCUCUGGUCAGGAUGAUAUUUCGCUUUUACAUGACGACGAAAGCUUAGAUUCACCAAGGACAGGCGAACCUCCACCGCCAUACCAGGUUCAAAAAAUAACUCAAUAUGUACAUUUCCUUCUCGUUUGAUUACUCUAGCAAAGAUUGAAGUGACGUUUUCUGUGUUUUAUUGAAGGAGGAAGCGCCAAUCUUUAUUCAAAGCCAACAUGCUCCUCAUCUGCUGUCCGAAGAACAGCAGAUUCGCUUAGCACAACGUCUUGGUCUAAUUCAACAUCUUCCAGUCGGAAAGUACGAUGGCUCGAAAGGAAAAAAGAGAGAGUAAGGAUAUUCUUUGUGAUGUGAAAUUACGUCAGAUCUUGCUUUUUUCUUAGAUACUGUAGGACCUUUCUCAGAAAGGUGAAAGUUGAAAAACUGUAUUUACGUAAAGCAGCAAUUAGAUACGAAAUCUGUUUAAUAUUUUAUUCUAAAGCUUCUUAGCUGUAACCCUUACUGUGGUUUCGAAUAAUCCAGACUUUUUUAAUUGCGAGCUAUGUGGAUACAAUGGAAUGUUUCCGUGAUAGGUUUGUGUUUUGUUUGCGUGCUUACUUGAGAGCAUUUUCUCUCUUAUGAAUAGCAGUGUUGUGUAACCUUAAUUUUCGGAGGAAAUGGUCCCUAGCAUCCCUUUAUUCUUGGUCCAUCACUCACAGAUGUGCGUUAAAUUUGUUAUUCGAAAGAGAACACGAAGCGCAAAUGUUUACGUGGUGCUCAGCUUAGAGAUUUUCCGAACCAAGUUCACGGGAAUGCGAGAAUUUUGAAGCAAUUAUUUAAUUCAAUAUACCCACGCGAUGUUACAAUAAGUCCUCAGACCUCGCUCGCUUUUUUUGUUUACCGCGACUUCCGGCGUGGGAAGGCAGCAGUUGCCUCUCACAAUGGGCCCUUUUUUAGUAUAAAUUGUUACCCUUUGAUAAAAACUUAUAGUAUGAUUCAUUCAAACGCCGAAGAGCACAGAGAAAAGAAGAAGCGCUGUUUCUGCCCAUUUUUUAUUUAUAUGAAACCUAAAUGAUAUUCUGGACUUCGUACUUGUACGUGUAAUAGCAUAAUAUUUCUGGGAAACAGGAAAGGAAUUCUAAGAAGUUUUAACAAAGCAGACUUCCCCUUUUCCUUGUGUUAACGUAUGUUAUUAAUUUACCCCAAAUAAGUUCAUGGCGAUUUAAUAAAGACUCAUAAAAGGGGCAAAGUUUUUGGUUACAUGAUAAGAAAACGCGUGUUUGAACUACAAAGAAGAGAUGAUUAUCAUGUGCUUAUACAUGUUUCUGUGUAUUAAAAUUUUCGUCGGAUGGUACGUGACUUCAAUGUAGACAAACAGUCAUAGUACUUUUAGUGUUGAUAAAAUGUUAUUUUGGGGGGAAAACCCCUUUACUUCUGAGUAACUGGGAAGGUAUUUUCUCUUUCAUUACUCGGGUGCUUAUAAGGUAACCCACCUUUUCCUUUCAAUUUACUUUGUUGAACAUCAGUGAGAUGAUUUACGGACACCUGCAUGAAAAGGUUAUAAUGCAAUUAUUUAUUACUUGCCUCCACAUGAAUGCUUGGCAGAGAAAUUUUGGUUUAAAUUUUUGUGUUACUUAAAUUUUCCUAAUUUUUUUUCUCUGAAGGCACUCAAUUUGUGCUUUCAAUAAGCCAAGUUGAGAGUUCUUUCUCUGAUCAUCACUUUGCUUUGUUGAAAAACAAUGCAAAAAAAGAAACAGGAAUAGUUGGCAUUGUUUGUGUGUUGGACAUGUACCAGUAAAACCUCUUCUUAUUGGUAAGAAGGGUCCUAAAGCAAGUGAAGGAGGUUUAAAAAUGGGGGUUGUGAAGCAACCCAAUUAAGCAGUCCUGAGCAGUCGUCUUGUCCCGCUUGAAGGAUUUUGAAUCUUAUUUCCCACCAAAAUUAAAAGUUGGGGGGGGGGGGGUGCUUUCUUGAUUGCUUGACGGAUGAUGUGCCCUAAAGUGACAAAGCGUGGCUUAAAGCAAUGACAUGUGGACUAAUGACAACAACAUCGUUGACAGUUUAUCGGGUUGUAGCUAUAAUUUAUUCAGUGACCCCUUUUUGGGUCACUAACAUUCGCCCACUGCAACCAAGACAAGUCGUUUCAUGUGACAAAAAAAACUGAAUGACUACGAAGGACUUUGUGAAAAUCUAGUGUACAAUGUACAAAAAGAGAAAGCAAAUAGGCGUUUAGUAUUUGUUGUACAAGUUAGUGAGUGGCCAGAAUGGCACUCCCUAAAAAAUGGUUUAAAGAGCAGUCAAUGGCUUUCUUUUAAUUUUUUACUGGUAGGAAUUAUAAAUUAACACUGUAUUUACUCCAGAUCAUCACUAAACUUGUAAAAAUGUGUCUUCCAAGAGCUUCAGCAUUUAACUUUCAUGGUGACAGAAACACAUAUAUGACUUUGUACAAAUUCCCCAGAGUGAUCUCCGUACAUUUCCUCAUAGAAUUAGUUCAGUGAAUUUGAUAAAAGAUCUUUAUUAACUCCCAUAACCUAAUGUGUUGAUUAUUAAUUUUUAGUGAUAUUGUUAGAAGAAAAUGGAUGUUGGUCACUCUUGGAAAUUAAAGGGUUAUGUGACACUACAAAGAGACUUUUGCUUUUGCUUUUGCUUGUAUCAAUCAUUUUGGUCUUCUCAAGGUGCCCUUUUCACAUCCGACCUCAAAGAUAAGUGGUUUAGCCAUGACAAUAGCAUUUGACUUCAUAUUUCAGGUGUGUAAUAUGUAUGACAGACUUUGUCGUGGGUGAUCCAAUUCGGUUUCUUCCUUGUAUGCACAUAUAUCACAAGGACUGCAUAGAAGAUUGGCUGGUUAGGUCAUUCACCUGUCCGUCAUGUAUGGAACCUGUCGAGGCGGCACUACUUUCUACAUACUAUGAAGCUUCUACAGAAUAA